CUUUGACCUCGUGUCUCCGCCCCUCACCCAAGCUGCUGCCGGUGCUGCUGCCGGUGCUGCCCCCGCCCCCCCUUCCCCUGCUGCCGGGGAGGAUCUGGUCCCCGCCUGCGUGUCCAUGCGCGGCGAGCUGCUGGCGGCGGUAGAGGCGCUGCAGCUGCCGCCCAACCCGCUGGACGAGAUCAUAGACCUGCUGGGGGGGCCGGGCAAGGUUGCCGAGAUGACGGGUCGCAAGGGGCGAGUGGUGCGGGUGCCGGCAGGCGGGGGGGCGGGGGGCGGCGGGGGCGGGGGCCGCACCCGGCUGGUGUACGAGCUGAGGGCCAAACCCGACAGCGGGGAGAUGGACUCGCUGAACAUCUCUGAGAAGGACUCCUUCCUGCGCGGCUGCAAGCUGGUGGCCAUCAUCUCCGACGCCGCCUCCACCGGCAUCUCGCUGCACGCCGCCGCCACCGCGCCCAACACCCGCCGCCGCCGCCACCUCACCAUUGAGCUGCCCUGGAGUGCGGACAAGGCCAUUCAGCAGCUGGGCAGGUCGCACCGGAGCAACCAGGUGUCGGCACCCGUGUACAAGCUCAUCUCCACCCGUAUCGGCGGCGAGCGGCGCUUCUCCGCAGCAGUGGCCCGGCGGCUGCAGUCGCUGGGCGCCCUCACGCGGGGGGACCGGCGGGCCGCCUCGGGGGUGGAUCUCAGCGAGCAGAACUUUGAC